AUGCAGUUCAACCCGACCAACGUCUUCUGUCUUCUGAUCAUCUUCUUCCUCUCGACUUCCCUGGUCAACUGCGGGAUUUUCGACCCGUAUCCGGCCUAUUCCAACGCCUACGGAUCCUACCAACAGAACUACGGAUAUCCUCUCACUUUGUACAAAGAUGUCAACGGCUUCUUCUUGUCCUGCAGUGGGAACGGCGCCGCUUUCGGAUGCUGA